AUGAAUGACCGCGCCGAGGCGCCCCGGGCAGAAAACAAAGCCGCCCGGGGCUGUCCCGUACCUGCGGCGCGAGCCCCCGCCGCGCACUCACCUGGACCCGGGGGUGGGGCCGGGGGACGGGCCGGCUGCGGACUGCAGCGGGGGACGGGCCGGCGGGGCUCCCCGCAGUCGUCCGGAGCCGCGGUCCCGGCGCCCCUCCGGCCGGUCGGCGCGCGCCGCGGCGAAAGCAGGCGGCCGGGGGCGCCGCCGCGCGUCGCAUGCAGCUCCCGGCUGCGGCGGCCGCUGCCACGGAGCCGAGGGGGAGCGGGGUGGGUGGGGGGAACCCUGGCGCUGUCUUCUCAGAUCCCAGACGACCACCGCCACCACCACCCCACCCCCCCGACACCCGCCCCAGCGCCCCGAGCAGCGACGAGCCAGACGCGGCGCCGGGGAGCCCAGCGCGCCCCUCAGCGGCUCAGCCCGCCGCCGUCCGCCGCGGGCUGGGGCUCGGCUCGCCUUUGUGCUGGCAUCUUGCUGGGCUCCCAACCCCGCGCCCCGAGCUCGCGACGCGGCUCCGUGCCGCCGACCCACCCCCGGCUUACGCCGCGCCCCCCGCGCGCCCCGCCGAUUGUGUCGAGUCAGCGGCGGUGGCGGCGGCGGCGGCGGCGGGGACGCGCCGAGCCAUGGCUUCCCGCCCGCGCGCUCGAGCCGGGCGCUGGGGGUCCGCCGGGCGCCGCCGGGAGGGGGCACGGCCGAGCCGGGGCGGCCCCCGAGCGGCCCCGCAGCGCCCCGCGAGCCGCCGCCCGCUCUCCAGGCGUCGCCCGCGAGCCGCCCGACCCGCUCGUCGCCUCUCCCUGCGCGCCCGCUCGCCCGGCCCCGCUCCCGCCCGGCGCCGCGCUCUCGCCUCGCCGGGCGCAGGGUCGGGCCCGCUCACCUCCCGCGCGGCGCCUCGCCGGCAUCUGCCUGCCCGCGCCGCUCCGGGGGCGCUGGGCGGGGGCGUCCUGCACGUCGGGGACCCGGGGCUGGGAGGCGAGGACGCGGGGGGAUGGCCAGAUCUCGGGCCGCAGGAAGGUGCGGGACAGCGCGGCGGGUGCGGCUGGGGGCGGAGGACGUAUCCCGCGGCUGCGGCGGAGCCCGAGGCACUCUGCCUGCCCGCGGGGCUCCGGGGCUGGAGGGAGGCUCCGCCGCAACGCCGGGAGGAGACCCUCUAAGGUCAUGCGAGCAGGACUCGACCUGAAUCCCCGCCGGAACGCCCGCGGGAGCAGCGUCGUGCCUCGGUUUCCCCUACCUGCAAGGGCACAGCGUUCGUAUGGCUUAAAUGGAAGCUCAGUCAAGUUCUUACAAGGCUGCAACCAAAGAGUCUAUGAAGACACAGUCUCAUUUAAAGGCUUGUCUGAGGAAAAAUUCAUGUGUACGGAAGAAAGGGGGAACAAAAGUACACUUAAUCCAUUUUUCACCGACUUAUUACAGAGUCUCAAGGAAACUAGGAAGCUCAUGGUAGGGCAGGGAGAGGCGGGAGGAGGCUGUGAGCGGGAAGAAACUACAUAUCCCAGCGUGCACUGCCCACGAGCACAAUGGAGCCCCGUCGUCAUCCGGUCACGGGGCUGGGCGUUCCGUGCGCGCGGCGGCUUCAGGCCUGGGUCCCUCCUAGCGGAGGGCCCUCCCGAGCUGGGAAAGCCUCGGUUCCCGGCAUGCCCUGCCACAGCCGCGCCUGCGUACUGGAGCAACCGCAGCAGGGAGCGGGUUGUUUUAAAACGCGGUCGUAGUUCCAGAGAAACUGGCCCGCCUGCAGCCGGCCACAGCGCCAGGCGGCCAGAUGGAUUGUGGGGUGAGGCUGCCGUGCCGCGGGCCCGGUUCGGGCCGGGAGCCCAGGUACACAUGGAAACAGUAAUGUCCAGAUCAGUCCUCUCUCCAGUCCACGUCAAUGCUACAGCUUCUGAAACAGUCACCGUACUUCAGCAAAGGAUGAGAAUAGUUGAAGAACAGACCAGUUCUCUACGGAAUGACUUAAUAAUGUUUGACCUUGAUGAUAAAAGAGGCCACAUGGAAAAUCCAAAGUGUAUAGAAGAAACCAUGAAUCCUGGUAUCAUUUCUGUUAAACAGAAUGGAAUAAGUCGUUCAGGAAAAGCAGAUCUUUUAUGGAAGAACUGUGAGUUUCUGGUAAAUCGAAUGUGCCAUCUGGAAAGCCUCAUUCAGUCCUUGAAGAUGAACAUUUUUCGCCUACAAACUGAAAAGGAAUUGAAUCCACAAAAAACAGCUUUUCUGAAAGAGCGACUGAAUAUAAUACAGGAGGAGCAUUCCAAGGACUUGAAGCUGUUGCACCUUGAAGUAAUAAAUCUGCGCAAGCAACUGAGAGAUGUAAAAGAGGAAGAAGACAGAGCACAAGAUAAAGUACAAAGGCUGACUGCUACUUUGGAGAUUGCCUCAGAGACAAAGAAGAAUGCAGCCAUUAUGGAAGAGGAACUUAAGACCACAAAACGUAGAAUGAACCUUAAAAUUCAGGAGCUAAGGAAACAACUGUCGGAGGAGAAGCACCUAAGGGAGUCUCUUGAGAAAUCUGAAUCAGCUAUGAUACUCAAAAUACAAGAAAUGUCAUCAGCAGUGGAAAUGGAACAGAAACAGGUCCAAGUUUUGCAACAAAACUGCAUAGCUCUACGCAAUUCUAUACAGACAACCCAAGAACUACUGAAACAAGAGCAACAACUAAAAGAAGAGUUGGAAAUUGCUACCUCAAAGCUCCAGUCUGAUCUAAUUUCUAGAGAUGACCUAAUUUCCAAGUUGGCUGAAGAAAAUAAGAAUUUGCAGAUAUCCCUCAACAAGGAACACAGUGAAAAUGCAUAUUUGAAGUCUGAAAUAGCAGCCUGUCAUGAAGCAUCAGAAAAAGCAAAAGUUUUGAACAAUCAACUGACUAACCAGUGUUCACAAUUGAAUUGCAUGCUUCAAAAUGUUAAGAAGGAAAAUGCUAGAAUUAUUGCUGACCAUCAAGCCAUUUUGCAGGUAGAACAGAAAAUGAUGACUCAGACAUUUCAACAACAAAACUUACUGCUGGAUGCAGCCCAGGCCAGUAUUACAAAUGAACUACAGACUAUUCAAAAUGAGAAAAAACAACUGCAAGAACAUUUGGACCAUUUAAUUAUUGAGCAUAAUGAAUGUACCCAGAAGGCCCAGGAUGCUGAGAAGAAGACAGCUAUGCAAAAAGAAUUGCUGGAGUCAACUAUUGCAAGAAUGAGAGCUGAAUUGGAGACAUCAAUGCAAGAAAGGGAGUCUUUGGUAGAGGAGAAAGAGAGAUUUCAAAGAGAGAUUGAUAAAACAAAAAAAGAAAUGGCAGAAGAAAAAUGCAAAUUGGAAAAAGAAUUAGCUGUAUGCAAGGAAGACACAAAUACAUUAACCAACAAACUGCAAAGUCUUGAGGAAAAAAAUAAACUCUUGACAGAUCAAAUGACUUCUCUAGAGCUUCAAAAAGUUCCUUCAGAUUACCAUGGGAUUGCCCAACAGCAAGUGGAAAAGGUCUUGGGAAAACUUAUUGCAGGUAAAAAUAAACUGGCAUAUGAAAAGGGACAGCUACAGAUAAGAGUUAAACAACUAGAAGAACAAUUACAUACCUUUACUGAAACCGUUUUACAGAACGACCAUCUCCGCAAGUUGAAUAAGACUCUAGAGGGAAAAUAUACUCAGGUGAAAUCUAUUCUUGAGAAGAAUGAGGAGGAGCUCUUACAAGCAGUGAAGUACCGUGACGCAGCCCUGAAAGAGAGUCAGAAGUUGAAAGGGGAUCUUGAAGCUGUGGAGAGCAGAGAGAACCAGAAGGUGGGAAACUUCCAACGACAACUGGCAGAGGCUAAAGAGGACAAUUGCAAAGUUACAAUCAUGUUGGAGAAUGUGCUGGCUUCUCACAGUAAGAUGCAAGGUGCUCUUGAAAAAGUACAAAUAGAGCUUGGGCGGAGGGAUUCAGAGAUUGCAGGCCUCAGGAAAGAAAGGGCUCUGAACCAGCAGAGGGUGCAGAAGUUAGAAGCAGAAGUGGACCAGUGGCAGGCCAGAAUGCUAGUGGUGGAUUCCCAGCAUAAUAAUGAGAUGGAGCCUCUACAGAAUGCUCUAGAGGUAGCUAGAGAAGAUAACCGGAAACUGGCUCUGAGCCUUGAGCAGGCUCUACAGACUAAUAGUAAUCUUCAAGUAAAGCUUGAUCAUGUUCAAGAGAAAUUGGAAAACAAAGAACUUGAGCGACAGAAUUUGGAAGUCUUCAAAGAACGGAUAACUGAGGAAUCCAAGAUGGAAGCAGAAUUACAUGCUCAACGCAUGGAAGUUCUAAGAAAGCAGUUUCAAACUGAGAGAGAAACUAUAAAGAAAGCAACACAACGCGAAGUGACUGAGAUAAAGAAAGCCCUUGACGAAGCCAAUUCGAGAUCCGUGGAGGUGUCCCGGACUAACCGAGAGCUGCGGCAGAAACUUACAGAGCAGGAAAAGAUACUGAAUAGUAACAAGGAGAAAAUAAAGACUCAGAAGGCCCAGAUUAAGCUCCACUUGUCCUCAAAGGCGAAUAACAUACAGAACAUAGAGAGGAUGAAGCAAAUAGAAGCAGAAUUGAGGCAAAUGGAGCUAAUUAAGGAACAAUAUCAGAAAAAAAACUAUGAACAGUCAUUGAGUAUCCAGAAAUUUGUAUGUGAAAUGACAAAUCUGCAGAAAGAAAUGCAACUGUUGGCCAGGAGCCAAUAUGAGACCUCGGCCCGGAAUAAACAACAGGAACUACUGCUAGAGACAGAGCGAAAAAUAAGGCAAGAACUAGAGAAUCGGUGCCAGGAAUUAGAAGAAACCAUCAGACACUUGAGAAAAUCUAAAGAGGUAACAGACAAUAAACUGAAAGAAGCCAGUGUGGAAUCAGAACAGAUAACAGCUAAUCUGGAAGAAGCCCACCGCUGGUUUAAGCACAAGUUCGAUGGCCUGCAAGUUGAACUGACAAAAAACCGGUUGCAGAGACUUCCCCGGGAGGACAGGAGGCAGGAAGAGGACCAUGGUAAAAGAAACAUCGUACCUGGCCAGUCUAUUCUACAUAGAUGGGAAAAUAAACAGAAUUUUAGACCUAUGCCUAAGAAAUCUUAG